CAAUGCGACGCAGUCAAACUGGAGCGUGCUUUUUUACAUUUUGUGCUUGUACGGCUUCCACAUCUGUGUAAUUCUCCCUGCGAUGCGAGCUUCUUGCCUUGUCUUUAUUUUUCGGACUGGUUCUUUGUACUUUCGCUCAAGAGAAGAAGAUCGACAAACUUCAAAUUGGCAUUAAGAAAAGAGCAGAGUCAUGCGAGAUCAAGUCGAGGAAAAGGGAUGUAUUGCAUAUGCACUAUACCGGCACACUUCUCGAUGGAACUGAGUUCGAUUCUAGCCGAACUCGUAACCAAGGAAUUCACGUUUACACUGGGAAUGGGACAGGUGAUCAAGGGAUGGGAUCAAGGGCUUUUGAAUAUGUGUGUUGGUGAGCGUCGAAUUCUUACCAUUCCUGCUCAUAUGGCGUACGGAGAACGUGGUUCGCCUCCAAAAAUACCAGCAAACGCUCCCUUGAAAUUCGACGUUGAACUGAUGAAGAUUGAUCGUAAAGGAGAGUUGUAA